CGUGCAGGCUGCGAUGUUAACCCCAACCAGUCCACAGCAGACACAACCUCACUCUAUGAUGUAUCAACACUCACAGAUUGCUGAGUUAGCAAGUCAAACCCGAAACAUCGACUGUUAUUCCCUUCCAUAGAUACUGCCUGACUUGCAGUGUUCCUCCAGCGUCUUGGUUAUGGACCUCAAGAUUUCUAGCCUCAGCAGAAUCUCAUGGUAUCAAGCCAGAUAAGGGUUUUCUGCGGAUAAGAAUGUUCGCUGCAGCCACAAAGAACUUUGUGAAACAGGUUGGAGAUACAGGCAGACUGAAACCAGUUCCUGAUCUGAGUGAGGCCGACAGAUAUCAGCCACUCAGUCUGGUAACAAAACGGACAAAAUCCUUUUUCUGGAAGAAGAAGAAAUACAGUUCUACUCCUUUCACUCUGAAGGACAUCCUUGUUGGAGAUAAAGAGGUUUCUGCUGGCAUCUCUUCAUAUCAGCUACUCAAUUAUGAAGAUAAGUCAGAUGUUUCUCUCAGAGGGAAAAUGGGAAAUCACGUUAUUCAUGAUGUUGGAAUGAACGUUGAUGGAUUGUAUUCAGUGGCAGUGAAAGCUUCAUUUGGAAUUGUAACAAAACACGAGGUUGAAGUUCCAGUUCUGCUGAGUGAGAUCAUGAACAGAAAAAUUGACAUGGAACAUUGCCUUGUCCGUCAGUUGAAAGAAAGGCAGCGUGCUGUACUGUGUGUGGUCAUGGAGAGCGUCCGUACCACUCGACAAUGCUCACUCACUAUGCAUGCAGGCAUGAGAACAAAAACAAGGAGGUUUCAGAUCGAUAAUGGACAAAAUCAUAAGGGCUGGGACAAAGCCCUUGUCAUCCCAGCUCAUACAACAAUUGCAUUUAGUGUAUUUGAGCUUUAUAUCCAUCUGGAUGGCCAUUUUGAACUGUGUGUAACAUCGGAAUCAAAAGGUGGUUAUGAGAAGGAACAACUAACAGACCAGCUGGGUGGUUUAAGGAACCGGUUUUCUGUGUGGAAAUUGCGACGAUGCCUGUCUGACUUUUUUUAUGGCAGCCCAUUCAGAUCAGAUGAAAAAGGGUUGGAUGGCAACAGGAAUUCAGAUCUUUAUUUGGAGGGUUUAGUUGCGGAUUAUUAUGAAAAAGCUACCAGCAUGACAGAUGUUUCCACUAACUACCUUCGAGAUAACGCACACACACGGGUUAACCUUCUCAACAACAAUAUUGCCAAAGGACCCUGCACUCUUUGUGGCAUGGGAAGUUCCCGAAGGGAGACGGUGUAUGGAUGUCUUGAGUGCUCCUUCAAUGGACAGAAAUAUGUGAGACUGCAUGUGGUGCCGUGCUUUGAUCUGUGGCACAAAAGACUGAGAUAAUAUGCAUUGUUUGCCUGGAUUGGAUCUCUUUCAAUAAUAUCCGUCUUAAUAAUAUUGAUUUUUUUAACAAAGCAAAUUUGAGCAUGCAUAUGCACAAUCACACAAGUUUUAAUAUUGUAAACAGUUUCAUGUAAAGGACAUUGUUCUGACGCAAGAGAGAUUAUAGUUGCACAAUGUUAUUACUAUUUUAAUUUGAAUGCUGUUUAUUUUCUAUGACUCUACGACUAAUACGAGAGGGCACAGUUUUAAGGUGCUUGGAAGUAGGUACAGAGGAGAUGUCAGGGUGAGGUUUUUUUUUAAAAAUGCAGAGAGUGGCAAGUA